GCUCGCAAAAGAAGUGCGCCAAGCGAGCGAAUCCCCACUCGUCGACGGUUUUUCUCUCUUCCGGCUACUGCGGCGUCAGCGACGACAUGAGGCGGUCGCGGAGCCGCAGACCGCUGCGCAGGGCGUCCUCCCCGCACCCGCGAGCGCAAACGCCACCGAUGGCGCAGCUCAGCAAAGCGGCUACGUCCCCGUCCCUCUGCUCCGAGCCCGACUCGAUGCCCGGGCUGCUGCAUUCACCCGGCUCGACGCUAACGCCACAUUCUUCGUGGUACGAGACCGAGGCCUACCUCGACGAAUUCCAGAAGUGGCAGGUGGGGAGUCCAUUCGGGUCGGUUCAGCAGGAGCAGCUUGGAUACGACGACUCGAGCAUCCUCGGGCAAGAGCUUCGGUCACGCAGCACGCAGACUGAGCUGGGAUCCGAAGGAAACACGCCGAGCGAACCCGUCAACGGCGUCACUCUUGAGGCGCUCACGGACGAGCACGUUGGAGAAGAGUCGCGGUUCGACAUCCGGAGGCUGCUGGGAACUCAGCGGAACCCCAGGUCGUUCCUGGUGUCGAUGGCUGUGCUGGCCGCUGUGCUCUUCACGUUGGCCGCCAUCACAACAUUUACUGGAAAAGCGGGCACGGACGAGAAAGAGAACAACCUGGAGCUGCUUCACGAUGCCUUCGAGAACGAGCAGGCGGCAGCGCACAAGGAUGUCAAGGUUACGGCUCCCACAACAGCUCGUAGGAAGGCGACUGCUGUGCGCCGACGGAGGCCUGCGACCAAAAUGCUUCGCCCCCGAGAGCCAGCGAUCAAAGCACGCAAGGUGGCCAGAGUUACGCGCCGACGGCUGAAGAGCACGGCGCGCAGGCGCCGCGGUGCACCAUCUUCAACGAGUCUGCCGUCGAGCACCUCAAAGCGGAAGAAGAGGCAGCGGCACCUACCGGCAGCCAAGGUCCGGCGGCCCAGUGCGCGGGUUUUUGUCAGCCGCGAUCACGUCACGUUCAAGGGGCAGCUGAAGAAAGCGACUGUAGAUGUCCCCCAUGGUUCCAUCACAGAGCAACGCGACGAGAAUGUGAUAGCUGGGACAACAGCUGAUUACGAUCUGGCUGCCGGUCUGAAGCAUCGAACGUCGUCCAGGACAUCGCGGCCAAAAACAUCCCGGAGGAUUUCGUCUAGCAUGUCCACGCUGGACGACGAGGACGACACUGUGUAGAAGUGUGUGCUGCAUUCGCGCCGUUGCAGCGUCGCAUUAAAGACUUCUCAACGAAGACGGAACGCUUCAAAUGUUUCAGGGUCGUUUGUUACCUCGCACGAGGUGCAGAUUCAACGAGCGUUAGAGAAAAGUGCACGCGGACACAAGCAAUCACGCACGCACAUACAAUAUGCGCAAUCG